GAGGUUCAAGUAAUUUUGGCCAAACAACAAUCUCUCUUGGCUCAAAAGAACGAAAAUGAUACUGUCAAGUUAGAAUUUGAUCUCAUCGAUGAAACAUCAGAUGAAGUUGAAGUUUAUAAACUCAUUGGACCUGUCCUCAUCAAACAAGAUGCUGCCGAAGCUAAAUCAAACGUUGAAAAACGAUUGGAAUUUAUCAAGAAGGAAGUGGAAAAUGCUGAUAAAAAGAUUGAAGAAUCAUUAAAAAAG